AUGGCUCUCAAAGGGGUGCAGUGUCAUUGUCACGUGGGGCUCCCCCUGCGAUUAUUGGUCACAGACUUUGACUUUGCCGAUUAUGCAGUGAUCCUAGCGGAGACAUUGGAGGUCCUGCUGGGACUCUCGGUCAGCUGGACCAAGACCAAGGAAUUUGGAGACUUCGUAGUGCAGAGCGACGGAGGUUCUAACCGGGAAGUCACUCGGCGACUCGGUCUGGCCUACGGCGUUAUGGACUCACGCAAUAUGGGUAUUUGGCGCCGUCGGUAUUUGACUAGGAGGACUAAGAUCAUGCUCCUCAGAGCGCUGGUGAUCCCGGUCUUACUCUACGGGUGUGAGACCUGGACACUGAACAUUGUUCUGAAGGCCCGACUUGACUCCUUUGGUACUGAGCAUCUUUGCAGAUGA